CUACCCUGCGCGUUUUUGGUUUUCUUCAUCGGCAAAGAAUCUUCUUCGCCCAAAUAUGGAAAUUAAAAAAAUCCGCUGAUUCUUCACGGAUUUUUUUGCCUUAAUUCCGAAAUCUACCACUCCAAAAUCGAAGAAUUGGCCGAAAUCGCCUUAAAACCAGUACUUCGCAUGUUUUUGCCUUAAUUCUUCUCUUCGGUUUCGCCUUAAGAUCCGUGAACAUUGAUUCUUCGCAUGCUUGAAGAUCCAGGUUAGCAUGUCGGAGCAGUAUUUGCACGGUGGUGACAUUGAGGUAAGACCAUAGUCCUCCAUCAUUUUUGUUAAUGGGCGAGUGAAAGUAUUUUAGCCAAGGUUUUCUGAAUUUUAAUUAGCUGGUUUCAGUAUGUUUUCAACAUGAAGUUACAAGUAUAUAUGUCGUUUCGUUAAAGAGCUCUUUCCGCUGAUUUUGUUUUAAAGAGCUGCCUUUGUUUUUCUUUUUAUCCUGCUCAAUAGUUUUCCCCGUGGGUGGAAUACCCCAUUGCAUAUAUAGAGUUCAUGCAAGUUGACAAUUUCAGAAAGGUUUAUUUCUCAUAGUCCAGAACUCUCUUGAGAUACAUGUUGCUAAUGGAUAAAAUGCUGGGAAUACAAGGGUUGGAAUUAAGAGUAUGUUUCUGUUGAUUAACUGCUAUCAAGUGGCGCUAUUAAUAUAGUCGUUAUAAUGUAAGGAAUUUUAAGAUUUUUUAAAAGAUUUGAGAGGUUUGAAGUGUUAUUUUUGCUAAUAGUUGACCGUUUUCCAAUAUUUUUAUUCACGUGUUCUAUUUUUCAGAUGAAAUAGAACUUAUUUACUAUAUUUAAUGUAGAUAUAGUAUUUUUAUAUUGGUUAGGCAUUUAUUAUAACUGCCUCUAUUAGGCUUAAUUUUUUAAAAAUGUUGUGAAAUAAAGUGGUUGCAGAAGCUAAAAAUCAUUGGUCUAAAAGAUGUAUUAUUAUCAAGCAAUUGAUAUGUAAAGAUAUUAUCCCAUUUUUUUGGCCAUGCAGACUUUAGAGAUACCAUCUCACUACAAUUCAAGAAAUCGAUUAAUUUUGCAACUCAUUAGAAUGGUUUAAAGGUAGUUGUUCAAAAGAGCUCAUAUUUUUCCCAAAAUUAUCAUGCCGAAGGCAAAGGGGUUAUGAGAAUUGCAGAGACUGGAGAAUUUAUGAACAUCUUUGGUGAUGGUAAGGUCUUAAUUAACUUUUCUCUAGAUAUCAAUGUUAUGCCAAGGUAAAAACUUUCAGUGAUUUCUAGGCUGAUCAUUUCAAACUCUAUUUAUGCCUUUGAGUAGGGGUUUGAUUCCCAGGCUGAUCUAUUAUAUAUAUAAAAACACAAUCAAAAUCGUACCCAAAUCUCACGGUGCAAUUUCAAUUUGAGAUGCUAUCAGACGGCCUAAUUUCUUGCAAUUUCAGAUCCUAACAGUCAUUUACGGUUUCCUGAUUUUUCUCCAUCAUCUUCUAUUCCGUUCCAUUUAGCGCCCUCAAUCGCUGUCCAAUCCUCGAUGAAAUUGAUGGUCAUUUGAAACAAUUUGUUCACGCACAAUCGCCGGAAUCUAAUUUCUUCUUACUGUCGCACAGCUCCCUAGCAGUGGAAUUGAGAUGACACAAAGGGGUAACGAUGCCGACAUGAAUGAUGGCAGCGCCGGGCUAGGGUUUUGGCCCUAACGCAUCCAGGGAUAAAGUUGAGGACUUCAUUAAAUUGGUGGAGGGAGUUCGGUGUAUAAGACACAGAAACUUGGUGAAAUUAGUUGGCUUUUGUGCUGAAGGAAUUUACAGGGUUCUUACGUAUGAACAUGUAGACAAUGGUACUGUAAAGCAUUGGCUUCACGAUAUCCCGAGCCACGCCAGCCCAUUAACGUGGCGCAUUUGAAUGAAUAUUAUUAUUCUUGGAGUCACCAAAGGGUACGUUCAAUUUGUUUUGUUGCAUUACGAGUCGUUCAUUAAUUUAAGCUUAACGUGUUUCACCAAGUUUCUGUGUCUUAUACACUGAACUCCCUCCACCAAUUAAAUUCUAACAACAUGACGGAAGGCGCAACACAGGUGGACAACUUUGGGGGUCAGGGUAAUCCAUGUUUGUUUUUUAUGAUUUACUACGUGCUUUUUUAUCUGUAUGGAAAAAUGUUCCAUUCUCUUCAUCUUUACUUAAUUAUAUUUGCAUCAAUAAUGGGAUCCUUAGUACAUAGUUGCCCACCAGUAUUAGAUGCUGGAAUGACUCAUUUUUUAUCAAAUUUUUACAGUUUGAGUUUUGCAGUAUGCCUAAAAUGUAUGAGCAUCAUUAUAGUUUGAGUUUUGAUAUGAUUCAGGCCCACAAUCGAGAAUGUUGAAGUACCCUCCUCGGAAGUUUGGCGAAUAAAAGGAUAGAGAAGCGCGACAGGGAAGAAGGAGAGGGGUUCCAUUCCGUUCUAAAUUAAUCUGUGUUAAGCUAUCGGAAAUAAAUAAAAUCGAUCAGAAGAGCGAUGAUAGAUACAGAGGCAACGCCGAGCGGCCAUGUUAGGAACCACAGUGAAUUGGGUCACAGCCUUGCCGAAUCCGAUAAAAGAGAUUAUGAUACACAUGGUACAUAUACCAAAAAAAGAGAAUUAUCCCAAGAGCUGAAUGUUGAUACACAAGGUCCAUCCACCAAAAGAAAAUCGUUGGUGGAGCCGAAUCUUGCUACACAGGAUCCAUAUGCCAUUGGUAAAUGCAAUGAGCUCACACCAGGUUGGAUUGUUUUUAGGAUGUUGAUUCCCACAAACAACGAUGAUGCCAUUAAUCGUUACAAGCGUCAUAUUUGUCACCUGAAAUCUCAUUUUGAGAAGAAAAAUGUUGAAGUGGAUUUUCAUUCCAUAGCUACUGGAGUUGGAGUUGUUAUGGUAUCAGCGAAAAGGGAUCCUAGACGCUCCAUUGCUCAUGUUAAUGCUUUUAAUAAGGUUCACCGUUCUUUUUUACACACCAUGCCUUAUGAGAACUGCUUAACAAGAUUACUUGUACCAGCUUCAUUUGCAAAAAGAUUGAUUAUUCUCUACACAAUCAAGUCCAAUCCGUGCAGACUUAAAUUGUAUCUAACAGAUAACAUAUCAGUUUUUUGCCCCGGUGAUGUGAUUGUUGACGUGGAAGGGAGCCGUGGGCAUGUACGUAAUAUGAUUGCAUCAAUUGUUCCUUAUCUGGAAACGUUUGAAGUUGAUGAGACCAUGAUGUCUGAGUUCAAAGCUGGAAAUGGCAUUCGUCCAUCUUAUCGUGAAAUACAUGCACCUGAAAAAACAUUCUCAGGUGUGAAAGCUCAAAGAGAGUAUAUGGUUUGCGACCACAAACGAAUUCCCCUGUCAUAUAUUGAUUAUCUAAUUGGCAAAGACGGUGCAAAUAUUAAAAAUAUAUGGAAAUCAAGUCCGGCGGCAUCCGUUUACUUGAAAACGUUUACACUUAAAGAGGUGAUUAUUUCUAUUGAGGGUGAAUGUUAUUUAGAUGCUAAGGAUGCAGAGAUUGCAAUGGAGGAUUUGAUUCCAGAAGACGAAAAGAUAGAUGGAGAACUUGUCUUUGAGGCCAUGAUGCAAGCGCAGGUAGGGUACUCUUGGAAUUUUGUGGAGGAUUUACCUUCAGAGGGAGGGAGGGAAUAGUGAGGAUCAGGGGUGGGCAUGAAAUUCGUUCCCGUUGGACCGUUCUGAAAAAUCCCGAAUCCGUUUUGUAAUUGUACCGAAUAAUUGGGACUCUAUUUUUUUAUCCCGAACCCGUUCCGUUCCAUUAUCAAAUGUGACAUGAGCGGGACAACUUAAAUUUAU